UUGUGGGACUUCUCGCGCAAAAAAAACAUCGCAACGGGGUUUUAGCACAUAAAUUUCGAAAAAGAGGAUCUCCCUUCUUGACAUUGCAAUAUAUGAUAGCAAUCAAUACUAUAGAUUGAUAGAUAGAACAACCAUGAUGCUACCCAAGAUGAGUGGUUGUCUGAGGAUCCUGUUUCUGUUACUCGUCGUCUUUGUGGAUGUUGCUGUGAGCCAUGGUGGUAGUGACAAAUUGGCUCGACACUUGGUAAUCGAAGAUUUGUCCAUGGUGGUUGUCAUGGCCGACGCAGAACAAACACCGGGGCCUUUUGCUGAACAAGACGACGACUAUGUGUGGACGACCAAUGAUUUGACUGCGGCGGGCAGAGCCGGAGCCCCUGGAAUUGGAGAUCAAGAUCGAGCCACGGUCGUCAAUGGGAUUCCCAUGGACAUGACCGUCAAUGUCUAUAACAUUUCCGAUCCAACCACGGGUGGAACGUUCAUGGAAAACAUUCAAGUCUUCCUCUGGCACACCGAUGCCGCUGGUGUCUACUCGGCCGCCGAUUCGGAAGGAACCGAAGGACAAGUCUGGUGUCGCGGUGUGCAAAUUACGGACGACAGAGGACAAGUUCGUUUCCGCACCAUUCUGCCGGGAUGGUACACCGGACGGGCCAUUCAUUAUCAUUUGCGAUUGCGAUUCAUGGGAGCUACGCCCUUUGCUGCCACGACACAGUUUUAUAUUAGUGACGACGAUUUGGAACAAUAUCAAACUGCCGAACAGUAUACCAAUACACAACCCGUGACACCGCUCGCAGAGGAUGGAAUUUUCAAUCGAUUGGAUGCGGCUGUACAAGAUUUGCUCACAUUGUCCAUGGACGGAUCGGUCGAUACUGGAUUCACAACCUCCAUCAGUGUCGGAUUGCUACCGGCGGCGUACAGUCAAUUUCAAGGAGAUGGAGCUGGCAGUCAAAAUACCCGUCCCGAUGGAGACGGACCGGCGGGAGAGGGAGUGGAAUUGACCUUUGAAACUACAGGACCUACCACAACAACAAUCAGCACUACUACAGACGAACCCACACCAGUAGUGACCACGGAACCCACAGCCACUCCCGUCACAAUGGAACCCACAAUCGCCACUGCUGUUCCUACUCAAGUGCCAACAACCACCACCACCAACACCGAAGAAGAAGCCGCACCCGUAUCCUUUACCGACGCGGGGGACUAUCCACUCUCCGUGCCACACGGCGAGGAUACUCCGACCGCAUCGCCGCCCAUGGGGGGUGGUGGAGCACCACGGCCCACAAGACCCAUAGUCAACAACACGUUGGUCGCUGAAGGAAACUCCAACAUCACGUCGCCUCCUGUAGUACCACCACAAGAAGAAGAAGAGGCAGAGGCAGAAGAGAGCAGUGCUGAAAUUGCAACCGAAGAGGAAGAAGCCCUCGUUUCUCGUGUGGAUGCGGAAGUGAGUAGUGUCAAGUCGUUGGCUACAACCAGUACAAGACAACACUACUUGAUGUUGGGUGCCAGGCUGUUGUCCACAGUGGCGUUGUUGGUGUUCUACUGA